AUGGUUGAAGAUUUUAAAUUGGCCAUGAUGAAAAAGUUCGAGAUGUCUGAUCUUGGACUUAUGAGGUAUUUUCUUGGUUUUCAAGUCAAGCAAUCAAGUGGCGAGAUUUUCAUUUCACAAGAAAAGUAUGUGGAGGAUCUCUUGAAGAAGUUUCAGAUGUUGUCUUGCAAACCCGUGCCCACGCCAAUGGCACUUAAUGAGAAGUUACAGCAAGAAGAUGACAACGAAAUGGCAGAUGAGAAGCUUUAUCGAAGCUUAGUGGGAUCCUGGAUUUAUCUCACAAACACGAGGCCCGAUAUUGUUCAGCCUGUAAGUGUACUCUCGAGGUUUAUGAGCAAGCCAAGCAAGGUUCAUUAUGCUGCUGCAAAGAGAGUGCUCAGAUUCUUGCAAGGAACAAUGAAACAUGGGUUGAGAUAUGUAAAAGAAUCGAACAAUGAUUUGGUCGGUUUUACGGAUAGUGAUUGGGCCGGCUCCCUCGAAGAUAGGAGGAGUACCUCAGCAUAUCUUUUCUGUCUCGGAUCAAAGGUGAUUUCAUGGAGCUCAAGGAAGCAAAAUACAGUAGCUUUAUCAUCUGCAGAGGCUGAAUAUUCUGCAGCAACAAGUGCAGCUUGUGAAGCAAUUUGGCUUAGGCGAAUUAUGGCUGAUCUGCAACAGAAACAUACGUGUUCGACUACUGUUUUCUGUGACAACAUGUCCGCAAUUGCAAUGACAAAGAAUCCAGUUUUUCACGCCCGAAGUUAG